GCGAUUUUACUUCCGGUCAGGAUGUUGGCAGACACGAUUUUGAUAGUGAUAAUUUCCAUUUGCACAGCUCUUAUGGGCGAAGGGCUAACAUGGUUAUUAGUGUACCGUACAGAAUAUUACCAAAGAUUAAAAGUAGAGGUGGAAAAAGCAAGUAAGAAAUUGGAAAAGACAAAAGAAUAUAGCAAUGAAGCAGACAGAAGCCAAAAGAAAAAAAUAGAAAGACAAGAAGAAAAAUUAAAGAACAACAACAGAGAUUUAUCCAUGGUGAAGAUGAAAUCUAUGUUUGCCAUUGGUUUUGCUUUCACAGCCUUGCUCAGCAUGUUCAAUUCAAUAUUUGAUGGGCGAGUGGUGGCCAAGCUUCCAUUUAUACCUAUAACCUGGCUUCAGGGAAUUUCCCACAGGAACUUAGCUGGAGAUGACUACUCUGACUGCUCUUUCAUCUUCCUGUACAUUGUGUCAACUAUGUCCAUUAGACAGAAUAUUCAGAAACUGCUGGGAUUUGCACCCUCUAGAGCAGCCAACAAGCAGGGAGGUGGAAUAUUUGGCACUGCCCCACAGUAUGGAAAAUAGACCAUGUGUUCAGUCUUGGAAUGAAUUUUUUUGCAGGACUAUAAGACUUAAAAACUGCUGCAGAACAUGAUUUAGAUAAGUUAUGGCAUCUGGAAAUAAUUUCAUUUGGUUGAGGUCAUUGUAGUAUUAUUGGCCAGUGAAAGAAGAAUGAGCAAUCUUUUUGCAGUAUGAAUUUGUAGUUUUCAAUAGGGCAAAUAUGUAAUUUGGAGAUUUAUUUCUACAGUAAAGAAAACUUUUUUGUAAAUGUUUCACAACAGUGUCAAGUAUUUUUUGCUGGUGUUUUUACUACUGAGGAAGCUGUGAAUUUUUGGUGUGGACAAAAAACGACCCCUUGUAGACAUAGUUUGAUAUCAUAAAAUACUAAGCUUAUAAUCUUGUUAGUUUCCCCUUUAAUUAUUUUCUUACUCAUAAUUUGAUUAUUGAUGCAAUACCAGGCCUUUGAGAGAUCAGAGAAAAAAAAAAUUAAACAAAUUGACAAGUGCUCGUCAUAGUUGUAAUACAACAUGGCAUUUCUAUGGAGAGAGGUUAUGGUUAUUACAUACUGCCAAAAUAAUAUGAGAUUCAGAAAAAUUAAUAAAAGUUUAAAGGAC